AUGGAAACCCUCCUACCGGCUGAUUUUUGUGGUAGCGGAACUUUCAUUCUGUGCACUGCCGGGGCCUUGGUAGUCAUCUACUACGCCUCUGUCGCUCUCUACAACACAACAAUUCAUCCUCUGGCACGUGUCCCAGGAUACCGGCUUGCUGGCAUGACGAAUCUGUAUCAGCUAUUCUGGUGUUAUCAUAAUGGACGCAGCGUCUACUAUCGGAAGAUUCGAGAGAUGCAUGAUCAAUUCGGACCUAUUGUACGAGUCUCUCCCAACGAGCUAUCCUUACGAGACCCGAAGGACUGCGAAACGAUCUACGCAACUCACUCAAAGUACACUAAAGACUCCACCUUCUACCAAACUAUGGGCGUUCGACACGGCAUGUUUGGGGCCGAAUCAAAUCUCGAUCAUCGACAACUUCGAGCCCCCUGGCGGCAAUUCUUCACCAACCCUUCCAUCAAGAAGUUGGACGGCAUGAUACAAUCAAAGGUUGAGCUCCUCUGCCAACGGCUAGACCAACAGCUCCGCCAGACCGGUAGCGCUCCGGUCCAGGAUCUUCUACACUCCCUCUCAUCAGACAUUGUAUCUCAUGCUUUUGCGGUCGACACCUGCCUGCGUCAGCAAGACGUUAGUUCGGCAUGUCCAGAACCCAAGUCGCUUGCACAUAUCAUGACAGCGGCCUACCUAUCUCGCGAGGCGCCCGCCCAGACGACGAUCACGCGCGAGGUCCUCAUCGACGAGCUGCACAGCCUCAUGGUAGCGGGCACGUUCAACACCGGCACCAUCGCUUCGACCACACUUUUCCAUGUUCUGACCAACGACAGUGUUCGCCGUCGAGUGAUAGACGAACUUAAAACCGUCCAGAACAAGAUGACACAUGCUGAACUUGAGAAGCUGCCGUACUUGUCGGCUUGUGUGAAAGAGGGAUUCAGGCUAGGGUACGGACCGAUUGGACGGCUCCCUCGAGUUGUGCCGGAGCCGGGUGCAUUCUUCCAGGGUUAUUGGAUUCCAGCUGGUUCUGUUGUGGGCGUAUCGAGCUACGUUCAACAUCACAAUCCCGACAUUUGGGGCCACGACCACGACGACUUCAAUCCGAACAGAUGGCUUGACCCCACCCGUGCCAAACAUCUCAACAAGUACUUGCUCACGUUUGGAAAGGAUGCUCGCCGAUGCAUCGGUCAACGCGACUUUGUACAUCGGUCUGUCGUCUAUUCUGUCGAUAACAUGUCGACCACCGAUACGAUUCCGAAUCCCGAUUGCGACGAGAUGCGUCCCCUUCCUGAAACAUCAUCUGAACCCGACCAGAUCGAGGCGGCUCGUAUCGACGAUGAAACCAUGAGUCCCUCGAGCCAAAGUCAACCCUACGACGAAUUGGAGGAUAUUGAAGCCUUGUGUUGCCAGGUGGAGAAGGAAUUGAAGGUUUCGAAGAAUAUUGUUGAAAGCGCUGUUCAGAAAUGGGACUUGACGGAAGAUGAUAAGGACCUUCAAGAGUUCCAAGGCCAGAUAAAGGAACUGGAGAAUUUCCUCGAAUGCGGCAAGAAGCUUGACUCCCACCGAAGGUCUAUCCAACCGCCACUGGAGGACAACGAAGGAGGAGCCCUCAAGUUCUAUAAAAGCCUGCUACGUUUGACAGUGGAUCGUUUGAAGAAGAUUACCGCGUGGCAGCACGCUCUCGGCAAUGUUGGCGCCAUCAGCGAGGCUGACAGCCAAGUUGCAGCGGGAACGGAUGGUGGCAACGGUCAGGCCGCCGUCAUUGAGAAUCAGAAUUAGACCAUGAGAAACGUUUUCCAUCUGAGUCCUCUUAUUUGGCUUUGUCCCGCUCAAAGUGUCAGUAGUCAAUAGAGGCGUGUUGAACCAACA